CCCUGAAGGCCCAUAACUGAAGCACACAGUCAGAACCAAACAAACGGAGCCUGGCAGGCAGACCCGUCUGAUCGCUGACCGCCGGCCACUCUCCGCUCCUGCCGCCGCCGCCGCCAUGGGGAACUUCCGCAAGCUCGGCCGCCACGCCGCCCACCGCGUCUCCAUGCUCAGGACGAUGGUGUCGCAGCUGGUAAAGCACGAGCGGAUAGAGACCACCGUCGCCAAGGCGAAGGAGGUGCGGCGGAAGGCGGAUCAGAUGGUGCAGCUCGGGAAAGAUGGUACACUAGAUGCAGCAAGACGUGCCUCGGCAUUUGUUCGGGGUGAUGACGUCGUUCACAAGUUAUUCACAGAGCUUGCGUACCGCUACAAGGAUCGAGCUGGUGGGUAUACAAGACUAUUGCGAACCAGGAUACGAAUUGGCGAUGCUGCACCAAUGGCUUACAUCGAGUUUGUCGACCGGGAGAAUGAACUUCGUGAGGCCAAACCUGCGACUCCACCGCCACCCCAGCGUGCCCCUCUUGAUCCAUGGACCAAGUCCCAUGCCAGCCAACAGUGGGCAGGGCCUAAAGUCAGCCAGAACUCCAAAACAGAAGGGCUAUGAGAAUCAAACGCACCAGUGUAUCUUUAUUUUGUGUUUGUGAGAUUUUUUUAUCUUUAGACACGCUAAUUAAUUAGGAGAUCCAUUCUGUAAGAGACUAAAAACUUAUGUUUCCACAUGAUAUCUAUAUUAUUUGUCAAGGAUCACUGUGACUAGAAA